UGAGUCAACUGAAGAGAUGAUGAUGGACCGUCGGCUUUCUCCCGAAUAGCAAAGCGGCUUUACGACUUUUCACUUUUUCCUUAACGUUUUUUAUAUUUACACACACACAGUCAGUAAGACAGUUUGUGUGGCUUUAAAUCAAGCUAAGUGUUAAAACUCGAGCUGUAACGCACUCACAUUAAACACGGCUUUAAUGGUAAUGCAUGCACGGAAACAACCGAGACUCACUGAUGGGUGUAACGAGCGAAGGGAUUAUCAGUCUUACCAGACCCUCAAAUACCAAUCCAAAAGUCAUUCUGCAAACGAGCACCGUCAUGACAAGCUCCAUAACUCAUCAGACCAAACUCCACCAAGCAAGAUGUUGCGGCGGUCCGACAGUCCGGACAGCAAGCGAGGUGACGGAGAAGGGAGAACACCUCACGCACACCGACCCAAAGAGAGCAGCACCAGCUCUUCUCCACAUGAGAACUCUGUCAGCCAUCACAGCACCAACUCGCACUCACUUCCACCCAAAUGUGCAGAAAUGCGUGAUCCGGCUGAUGACUGGUCCGAACACAUCAGUUCAUCGGGAAAGAAGUACUACUACAACUGCAGAACGGAGGUGUCGCAGUGGGAGAAGCCUAAGGAAUGGCUGGAGAGGGAGCAGCGACAGAAGGAAGCCUCUAAGGCCGUUGUGGUCAACAGUUUUCCCAAAGACAGAGAUUACAGACAGGAGGCCAUGCAGGCGGCCGCUGCCAAUGCCGUCUCUGCCAUGAAGCCCGCGCCGUCUGAGAAGGCGUCGUCUCAUUGCAGUUUCUCCCAGGCGUCCUGCAGUGCCUCUGGCGGCCCGAACGUCUCGAGCGCCCCCAGUUCGUCCACGUCGUCCUCGUCGCACUCCUCGGCUCUCCUGCAGGACCCGGCUCUCCUCAGGCAGCUGCUCCCAGCGCUCCAGGCCACGCUUCACAUCAACAACUCCAGCGUGGACAUGGCCAAGAUCAACGAGGUCCUCACAGCUGCUGUCACCCAAGCUUCCUUACAGUCUAUGCUUCAUAAACUUCUCACUGCUGGACCGUCUGCUUUCAACAUCACUGCUCUGCUUUCCCAAGCUGCUCAGUUGUCCACACAAGCUCAGCAGCCGAGCCAGUCUCCGAUAUCCGUAACUCCAGAUGCCUCGUCUCCCAAGUCCUGCCUCGUGUCUCCCCGAGUGAGUACGCCUCAGACAAACAGCAUGGCCUCGAAACCCCUCCCGAACGCCAGCUCUCUGCCGGCACAAAUCAAGGUUAGUGAGUCGGUGGUGAAAUCGGCACUCCAGCACUCCUCGGACAGAGCGUCGGACGUCGAGGAUCCGCGGCUUCAAAGGCAAAACAGCCAAGGUCCUCUGAAUUCAGGGCCGAAUGGGUGCCUGGUGAAUAACAGCGCGCCUGCGUGUCCUCCAACCACCUUCAGCCCGUCUCUAGCACUGCACUUCAACGAGAAUCUCAUUCGACACGUUCAGAGCUGGCCUUCAGAUCAUGUAGAGAAGCAGGCGGCGAGGUUACGCGAGGACGUCCACAACAUGGGCAGCAUGAACAUGUCUGAGAUCUGUGUGGAGCUGAAAAAGCUGCGCUCUCUGGUGCGAGUGUGUGAGAUCCAGGCUACUCUGAGAGAGCAAAGGAUCCUCUUCUUGAGACAAGAGAUCAAGGAGCUCGAGAAACUGAAGAACCAGAACUCGUUCAUGGUUUGAGAAGCGGUGACAUCAGUUUAAGCAGAAGGGACUCAGCAGCUGGCUGCCUUUUCUGAACCGUGGACCUACAGACUGAACUGGACUGAACAGGACUGGACUGGGCUUUCUCUCCACAGCUGGAGAACCAAAAAAAAAAACAAAACAAGAAAAGAAAAUCAGCUCACCAAGGGACACGCUGUCUGCUACACAAAGCCCCGAGGUUUAUUCAUAGAUUCAUCGUUGUACAUACAUUUCUUCUCUGUAUUGAGUCAAUAAACAGCAACGCAAACACAAUAAGGUGACGUGGGGAGUGUUCCGGAUAAAAAGCAGCCUAUUGAUUCGUUCCGUAACUUUUUUUUUUUCACUCCCAGUCUCACAGGAUAGUCGUUUAGGAUUUUUACAGUCCGGUUUGAGUGUGUGUGAAUCCGUCGUGGAUGCAGACCUGACAGAUCUGUCCUAAAUAAACAAAGCUGUUUAUCCAGAGAGAAUCGGGUCUGAUUACUGCUCAUGUUUAAUGUGCUUCAAUACGGCCUUGACAGACUUUUUUUUUUUAAACUUGUGUAAUAGGUCAUCUGAGGUCAAAACUUUUUUCCAUUUUCCAUGUGCUUCUAGAGUCUAGCCUCUCUACACCCUGAGUUUUGACCCCGAUUUCCACAAGGUGAUCGAUUUCCUCACUUCCAGGCGUUCAUUCUGAUUUACGACAGCAUUUGCACUAACUAAUUUGAUAUGAACCCACUUUGUGUAUCAAUCUUUAACCCAACUUAUCCGCUGUAAGUACUUAACGAGGCUCAACCCAUUAAACCUCAUUUUGCCUCUG